UUGCACCCUUACUCUGUAAGCAGUAGCACUCGCCAUGUGUCUCUCCGACUACUUGUUCCCCAGGCAAUCUAUUUCUCGCACCUCAGGCUCUUGCUUUCGGAAAAUUAUAGAAUUUUCAUAGCUGAUACAGAAGAAAAGGAAAACCCCGAAAGAAACUUAAAGAUUUGCAUCAAUACCGAAAUUAUUAAAUGAGGACAGUAAUCUCCCGUUUGAUCCUUUCAAAAUCAUCGGUUCCCAGGAUCAAUACAAUGGCCGUAUCCCGAAAUGGGAGAUAUAUCUCAACAGAUUCUACAAAGCUUGACGAACCGGUCAAAGUUGAGGAAGCAGAGACAGUAAAUGUUCCGCCACCUCCGACAGAGAAGUUACUUGUGUUGGGUGGAAAUGGAUUUGUUGGCUCACAUGUUUGUAAAGAAGCGUUAGAUCGUGGUUUGUCAGUUUCUAGUCUCAGCAGGUCUGGUCGUUCAUCUAUAGCUGAUUCUUGGGCUAGCAAAGUGACCUGGCAUCAAGGAAACCUCCUUUUACCUGAUUCAUGGCAAGAAGCCCUGAGUGGGGUGACCUCUGUGAUCUCCUGUGUUGGUGGUUUUGGCUCCAACUCUUAUAUGUAUAAAAUUAAUGGGACGGCAAACAUCAAUGCAAUAAGAGGUGCUGCAGAAAAAGGUGUGAAAAGAUUUGUGUACAUCUCUGCUGCUGAUUUUGGCUUGGUAAAUUACAUACUGCAAGGAUAUUAUGAGGGAAAGAGAGCUGCUGAGACAGAGUUACUAACCAAAUUCCCUUAUGGUGGAGUGAUUCUGAGGCCUGGGUUUAUUUAUGGGACUCGCAGUGUUGGGAGCAUGAAGAUUCCUUUAGGAGUAAUCGGUUCUCCUUUAGAGAUGGUUCUCCAACAUGCAAAACCGCUGAACAAGCUGCCACUUGUGGGGCCUCUGUUCGCUUCUCCUGUCAGUGUUAAUGCGGUGGCGAAGGUUGCUGUUAGAGCAGCAACGGAUCCAGUUUUUCCUCCUGGCAUCAUAGACAUAGAAGGUAUACAACGUUACAGUCAACAGAAGUCAAAGUAGAAAUGUUGUUGAUCGAGUCCCAGCUCCCUUGUUCUUUUUUCGUUUGCUGUUGUCCUUAAUUUUGACGUUCAAAAAAUCUCACCGAAUGAAAAAACUUGGCGUCUGCUGUUGUUAUUUGUGAAUUGAAUAAUAAAAUAUCCUAAAUUACCAUUUCACGUUUGAUCCAA